AUGACUACAGCUGUUGGACCUGCUCUAGUCGUUGGAUCUCUCGGAACUGCUCAAGAUGGACGGUACCAGUCUUUGAUCACUGAACUGGCUCAGAGUGAAGAGCUGAAGUCAUUGGGCUCCGGUGCUGUGGAAAGGCAGAUAUUGGAUCGCAUCCUUGACGCAGGAACCGUAUUGUCGCCCAAGUACUCUUCCGCACACGUCCUUUUGACCGAGGCGGAUUAUGCAGCCGCCGCAGCCCAAUUGCAUUUCCUCGCAACAACCCUAGCCAAAGCCAUCGUCCCAAAUGGCAAAGUUCACUUUACGAACCCCCCGCAAUCAUUCGAGUCAGAUGUACGCGCUGCUGGAUUGCAAGUCGUUUCUCAGACGAAUGGGACUUUGGUAGCGCAGGCGCCAGCCACUGCAGCUGCAAUCAAGCUUCCAAAGAGAGACAAGGCGGCCAAAGCAGCUUUGUGGGCCCUCAACGCCCCUUCAACGAACACGAUUGACCCGGAUUCGUUGCUGACUGCAGCAGACAAGGCCAGGCCCGUACCGACUUGCGAACCGCCAACCGCGAAUGGCCCUCGUCGAAAGCGCGCGUGCAAGGGCUGCACAUGUGGGCUGGCCGAAGUCGAGGCCGCCGAGGCAGUUGUGAUGCUGGACGGGAUGGUAGACGGAAAUGCGCGUGCUGUGAGCGGAGAUGAAAAGGCCAAGCUCAUCGCGGCUGCAAAAGCCGCUCCGAAAGCUACGAGCAGCUGUGGAAGCUGUUUCUUGGGAGAUGCAUUCAGAUGCGCUAGCUGUCCUUAUCUUGGUCUUCCCGCCUUCCAGCCAGGCCAAAAGGUGGAGAUCGAUGCUGGGAUGGAUGAUAUCUAG